CCGGGUGUGGGGCUGCUCGGCGCUGCUCCAGGCUGCGUCACCGUCGCCCCGUCCGUGCCGUGCAAUAUUGUGCUGCAAGUCAAUCAAUACAAUAAUAAUUUAAAUCACUUCAGCUAUAAUGGAAAAGUAUGAAAAAUUAGCUAAGAUUGGAGAAGGGUCUUAUGGAGUUGUAUUCAAAUGCAGAAACAAAACCUCUGGACAAGUAGUAGCUAUUAAAAAAUUUGUGAAAUCUGAAGAUGAUCCUGUCAUUAAGAAAAUAGCACUAAGAGAAAUACAUAUGUUGAAGCAAUUAAAACAUCCAAAUCUUGUGAACCUCAUCGAGGUGUUCAGGAGAAAAAGAAAAAUGCAUUUAGUUUUUGAAUACUGUGAUCAUACACUUUUAAAUGAGCUGGAAAGAAACCCAAAUGGAGUUGCUGAUGGAGUGAUCAAAAGUAUAUUAUGGCAAACACUUCAAGCUCUUAAUUUCUGUCAUAAACAUAAUUGUAUUCACAGAGAUGUAAAACCUGAAAAUAUUCUAAUAACCAAGCAAGGAAUAAUCAAGAUUUGUGACUUUGGGUUUGCACGAAUUCUGAUUCCAGGAGAUGCCUACACCGAUUAUGUAGCUACAAGAUGGUACCGAGCUCCUGAACUUCUUGUGGGAGAUACUCAGUAUGGUUCUUCAGUUGAUAUAUGGGCUACUGGUUGCGUUUUUGCAGAGCUCCUGACAGGUCAGCCACUGUGGCCUGGAAAAUCAGAUGUGGACCAACUUUAUCUGAUAAUCAGAACACUAGGAAAAUUAAUCCCAAGACAUCAAUCAAUCUUUAAAAGUAACCAGUUUUUCCAUGGCAUCAGCAUACCUGAACCAGAAGACAUGGAAACUCUUGAGGAAAAGUUUUCAGAUGUUCAUACUGUGGCUCUGAACUUCAUGAAGGGGUGUCUGAAGAUGAAUCCAGAUGACAGAUUAACCUGUUCCCAACUCCUAGAGAGCUCCUACUUCGAAUCUUUUCACGAGGACCAAAUGAAAAGAAAAGCGCGUAAUGAGGGAAGAAACCGAAGACGCCAGCAGAAUCAACUGUUGCCUCUCAUACCAGGAAGCCACAUCUCCCCCACACCUGAUGGAAGAAAACAAGUCCUCCAGUUAAAAUUUGAUCAUCUUCCAAACAUUUAGGAAAAUGUUCUUUCAAGUGCAGAGUAAUUUAAUAUGUACACAUUUGGUAAAAGUGAGAUAGGAAUUCUUAGUGUUUCAAAUGCAAAUGAGCCAUAUGAAAAUUAAGAUGCCUUCUAGAAUUGUUUUGCUCUGUUCAUUGCUGAUUCCUUUCCCCUUGCUUUUUACAUGCCAAUGUUAUCUUUUAGAAUAUUUUCUUUAAAUGUUAUAAAGCCUAAAACUGCACAUAUGGAGGAGAUAUUUUCAAUUUCAUCAGAGCAGCCCCUCCUGAGUCUGUCUAUAUGGAGAAUUUGUGAGAUUAUACUUUGAUUUAUGAAAAAGAUUUACAUGUGUCAUCUUGCUUUAGCUGACCACAUAAUAUCUUAAAGCAAUAUCCAAUAGCCUGCCUCACUGUUUGUGUAAGAAAUGACAUAUGUUCCUGCAUUGUAAUUCAUACUUACUGUAACCAGGUCUAUUGAGUAAUGCUGGUAUCUUAUUCUUUGUUUUUAUAUUGGUUUGGAAAGAGAACCUUGAAAGGUCAUUCAGCUUUAUCUCUAGAUUCCAGAGCAGGCUCUACUUUGUCUCAUGAGGCAUUGAUGAUUCUAUUUUUAAAGGUAGCUAGAGAAAAUUACGAAUUCCAAUACAUAGCAAACAGUGAACCAAUGACAAGGAAUCGUCAUCCUCAUCAGUAACGCUCUCGGAUAAUUGGCUGACAUCCUUUGUUAUAUCACCAUUCCUUAUUCUUUUCUCCUCCUGGCUAAAUCAUCUCAGGACCCAAACCAAUCCUCCUGGGUGUGUUAUCUAAAUAGCUCAUUGCCAGUACUCUCUUGCAUACAUUUGCAUCCAUAGCCUCUAUGAAAUUGUGCAGCCUAAAAUUAGUGGGUGCAUCAUAAUCAGGUUGGUUUGUAAACACGAGAGAAGGAAGAUUAUCUUUCAGUUAAUAUCACUUUAUAUCUCUUACGAAACAACAAAGCUAAGCAAACCCCUCAAUAGCUGAGCUGAAUUUACUA